AGGAAUAAAGUACGGUAACAUAUAGAACAACUUCCAUCCCGGCUGGCCAAAUCAAUUUCAGGUAAUGGCUGGGUAUAGUACGGUGAAUGUAGUGGAUCCGCAACAUCAAGUUGGAGGAAACAAUUUCCGUGCUUGUGUAGGUCAGAUGAGUGGGACUCUUAUAUAUCCGCAACACAACUACAACAAUGGAGCACCCAUGCAAAACUAUCAGGCAUCUGCUACUAGAGUAGGAGGUGGUGUUGCUACAAAUUUGUUUCCACAGACUCAAGUUCGCAUGUCCGUCGGUGGGAUUCGUAUGUCCCAAGAUGGGGAUGAUUUGAUAGGGUCCCAAGAUCCAUGUGUUAUGCCCCUGUCACAAAACAUGAGUGGAGUUCAAAUGUCCCAAAUAUCUUCAAAUGUAGGUGGUGUUCAUAUGUCACAAAACCUAAGCGGACAGCGAAUUUUUCAUAUGUCACAAAACCAAAGUGGAACUCAAAUGUCCCAAAACGCAGGCAACAUUAGGUACUUCACCAGCAACGUAGGUGGAACCUUUGAAGGAUCCGGAAAUCAGUUUAUACAGGGAGGCAAUGGUAACCAAAAUUUUCAAGGUACUCCAGGUUUUCAAGGUGACGGUAGUGACAAAAAUUAUCAACGCACAGAUAAAUAUCAAUGCUUUGCUGGAAAUAAUAGCAACCAGGUUCUUCAUGGCAACGGAAAUCAUACAUUUCAUGGAAGUCGUACUCCUAUAUUCACACAAGACCUAUUGAGUUGUCAUGACUUGACGAAGAACUAAUACAAAUAAGACUCAAAUUCAGAAGUCCUCUCAGAAGUCCUGUUAUACCUUAAUAAACGUUGUAGUUGAGUUGUCUAAUAUUUGUGAUUAUGUACCAUUCUGUAUGAAUAUGUAAGUUUAAUUGUUGU